AUGACGAUGUCGGCGAAGGCGGGCCGGGGCAGCGUGCAGGAGCGGCGGGGCAUGGGGUCGGGGGGCCUUAGCGGCGGGGCAUCGGUGGCGGUGGGCGACGUGGGGCACUUGCGUCUGAGUCUUGGGAGUCUGAUGGCUGCCCCCAUUGUCACGGCUGCGCUCAAUUGUAUUACCGCACUCCUAGCCUUGAAGAGAGAUGGAGACGUCCUUCAAGGUGAAUUUCUGGCCCUCAUUUAUGACACCAAUGUUUCCUUGGAGUCGGUUGCUACUAAAAUUGAGAAGUACGAAGGCAAUCCACAGCUAUAUGAGGUGAUCUGUGACAUUGAGGACUUCCUCAAUGACACUUCUGCCGGAUCCAGCUCUGGUGCUACGGAGCCCAGCUCAUCCUCGUCUGGUGUUUGCCAUUCUUAUGCUCCAGAGGGUAGUCUUAUGGGCAUUCUUGAGCCGAAACAGGAGAUUAUAAAGCUACUUACCUCAGAUGUACCUGACUUGAAAGUUAUUUGUAUUGUUGGAUGCGUUGGUAUGGGAAAGACUGCCCUUUCAAGGGCUCUUUAUGAUGACAAGGAUCUUACAAUAUUCUUUGAUUGUAAAGUAUGGUUAGUGGCAUCUGAAUGCAGCAAUGCGGAAAGCGUCAAAACCAAAGUUCUUGAACAGAUUAAGCACCUGAAGUCCUGGGACGCUUUGCAUGAAUUCUUGAAGCGUAGAAGGUAUCUGUUAUUCAUCGAUGAUAUGCCCAAAGGAUCAGAAUGGAGGAUACAUGAUAUUUUUCCAUCAGAUAUGGGAAGCGAUGGCAGCAGAAUAGUUGUGACAACAAGCGUGCACUCAGUGGCUGCUUCCUACAGCUCCGGCAACCACCUAUUCACUAUGCGAUCACUUGAUAAAACUACUUCUGAAAAUUUGCUUUGGAAGAACAUCUUGGAAGCAUCACCUGCAAUAAGGAAUGGUUCAGAAACCAUCCUGCAGAAGUGUGAUGGCUUACCACUGGCUUUAAAUGGUGUUUCUGAUUAUCUAAGUUCUAAAGGAGUUCGAGGUUCGCUUUUGACUGAAUCCUGUUGUGAGGAAGUAGGGAAACAUCUUGGUAAGUUCAUGACAGGCAAUGAGAGGGCAUUUGGCAAAAUGAGAAGAGCUCUUAUCCGAUGUUAUGAUUGUUUGCCUAAUUAUGAUGUUAAGAGUUGCUUAGCAUAUACUUGCAUUUUUCCGACGCGACAUCAGAUUAACGUCAUGCAGCUAGCGAGAAAGUUGUUUGCUGAAGGCUUGGUGCAGGAAAAUAUAGCUGUUCAUGAUUGUCUCUCAACACUUAUUGAUAUGAGUAUGCUCGAGCCUACACCGCUGCGCAGCAGUCUCAGUAACACCACUAAAAGAUGUGAAUUGCACAAUGUAAUGCGAGAGUUUGCCAUCCAGAAGGCCCUUUCAAGGCAUCUUGUUACUUUUGUUACUCGAGAUGAGCUGCUGCACGAGGGCGGCCGUAUUCGCCGACUUAGUGUUCAUCAUAGCUCCAAAGCAGGAUGUGAAGCAUUGGCGAAGCAGAAGCAGUUCAGCUUGUCCUCUCUCAGGUCCUUAACAACCUUCAACAGUGAGCUUUUUGAUUUCAAGAGUAGUAAUCUGUUGCGUGUGUUAGAUCUAGAAGGUUGCAAAGGUCUUGACGAUGGAGUUGUCAAGGAUAUCUUUAACUUGGUGUUUCUCAGAUUCAUCUGCCUUAGGAAUACUGACAUAACCCGAAUUCCUAAAAGGGUAAGAAAGCUCCUGCAUCUGGAGACACUGGAUGUUCGGGAGACACAGGUGAACACAUUACCAUUGGAAGUUAUCAUGCUACCUGAAUUAGGUUCCCUGUUUGGUAUGUUUGAGCUGCAACUUCCAACUGACACGGCAGGAAUGCAAAAGCUUGUGAAGUUCUUGAAAGAUGAUAGUAAGUUGCAUGCUUUUGGUGGGCUUGUCAUCACAAAGGCACAACUUCAAGGAAGUUCAAUGGCAGAAAAACAAGCUUUUGCAAUCAUAAUAAAAGAAGCGAAAAGUCUGAGAAAGGUUAAAUUCUGGUACAAAGCUUCUGCAGUUUUCCAGAGGAAGAAAGUAUGGGUUAAAUCUUUGUUUGAUGCUGCUGCCUCAGCCUCUCAGCCUCAGGAUGAUGCUGCUGCCCCUCACUCUCAGGAUUCUGAAGCAACAGACAGUGUAUUGGCAGCCUCUCUCACCUCUUCUAUUGGCAAAAGAACCGUGGAACUCCGGUCUCUUUCUAUUGAUUUUGGUGUCCUGGAGAAUGAGUUUUUGGGUUCCAUAGAGCGAACAGUUGGAAGUACUGCAACACUUGGAAUGCCUGGAACUUUUGAGGAUCAAAGAGGAUCGUCCCGGAUUCUGGUGGAAGUACUGCAACACUUGGAAUGCCUGGAACUUUUGAGGAUCAAAGAGGAUCGUCCCGGAUUCUGGGAUGGGUACUUUUCUGUCCAGAUAGGUGGAUUCCCAAGCCUUCAACUCCUGAGCUUUGAGGCCCCAAGGUAUCCAAGGGUGCGGAUUCAGCAAGGCGCCAUGGUACAUCUAAUUUCCCUUCAAUUGCUUUGUGCCGAAUCUCCUUCAUACUCGGCGCAAAAAGAAGAAUCUCCUCCCUACUGUACUGCAAAUGGGGAGUUUGAGUCCCUGAUUGGAGUUAAAAUCGCCCAUCUUCCAUAUCUCAGUGAAGUGAUACUACAUCCAACAACUGAUAGUGGCAUCAUUAAUGCAUGGAAGACCGCGCUGGGUUCUCACAGUAACAGGCCGUGCCUGAAGAUGCGACCAGCCUGAUGUCAUUUUCCUUGGGAAGGCGAAGUUCUGUUGUAUGUUCUGUGGCUUAUGCAUUAUCAUUAUCCUUGGUUUCUCUCUGAUGUCAUUUUCUGGAAGUCACACCCAUAUUUUCAAAACAUAUGAACAUUCAUUAUGCAGUAUGUGAACAUCUUUUUCUUUUUGAAAUAUAUGGUCGUUAGUAUA